AGAAGAAGAAGAGGUCCUGAUCUCCCACAUUGCAUUGCGGCUGUAGUUCCUGCUGUUAUCAAACACAGUGAGAUGCAGUAAGUGAGAGCUCGAAGGUUAGUGUGAUAGACCCAGAUCAGACUGUGAGGCAGGACCAUGAGCCUCCGAACCCUCCUCUCCUCCACCGCGCUUAUCGCCUCGGUCGGGCUCGGGUACGGCAUGUGGGCGAUGAUCAAUCCGGGAGAGGACCGGCGGAGAGAGCUCGUCAAGAAUCUUCCUGAAUCCAACCCCAUGAGGAUGGAAGAGACAAGGAAGAGGAACGCUCUGGUGAUGCAGGCGCUGAAGGAGGCGGCAGAGACAGACGAAAACAUAGCCAGAGGACUCCGAUCGAAAUGAAGCCGCCUGGACGUGACACCUGCUAGUGACAGCUGCUGGGCCAAAAUAUGGACAUUGGAUUGGACGCUGUCUAAUCUUUCUAAGCUGUAAUGUCUUCAACACUUUAACUAUUCAAUGUUACCAUUGUUUAUUAAAACUCUCCAAACAAACCGAA